CUUAAAUUUUCCUUGGAUAUGUCCUCGACGUGUAAAGAAGCAGAGCUGUGCCCGCAAUCUUGGAUUCUUGGGACUUGGGACUGCUUGGCUCACGGGUGUCUGCGACCCAAAACACCACGCUUCCGUCCCGAUGCCUUUGUAUAUUGUCGAGGAUCAGUAUGUUGAUCCUGCGCCCCCCACCGAUGCAUGGGCUGCGUUUCUUGCUGCCAGGUUCUCCAAAAGAGCGCAGUUGUACGACAGCUUUCCCGACCACGAGCGAGAGAUUGUCAGAAAGGAACUGCGCCGCAUCAGGCACCUGAGGGACUUUUUUGAAGGGCAUCGCCUCUCCUCAUCCGACGCUUCGUCAUUGCUUCGUUCGUUAGAGAGGGCGCACGAUAGCUGGAGGAACCGCGCCAAUCGGGUGUGCAAGGAGGAGCUUCACCGCAUCGAGGUCGGCAUCGCAAGAGCGAGCGGGUACCGGAGGCAGGAACUCAAUCGACAACGCUUGGUUUUGAAACGAGUCGAACAAUGGCCGUUUCUCGACUACUCGGACCUUCAAAGAGCCGUCGCCCCGGAAAGCUACAUCCCCAAGCUAGAUGCCCUGGACGAUGGCCUGGACGACAACCCGGCAGAGCCGAACUACGGCUACAAUGGAUGGGUGACUGCAUUCAAUAAGGGGCAGGGCGGUGUGACGCUGGAUCACCCUCUUUGCCACGGGAAAUUCCCGCAUCAGAAGAUCUCGAUGCAAAAGCUGCUGUAUGACGAGGCUCAGACACCGUUAAAGCGCUCAUCCGACAGGACACAGCUACGCUACUUCCAUCUUCAGGCAAACAACAUGAAAUGGGUAGAGGACGCUAUCGCGAGAUACUACGGCGAAGACUGCUCGCAGCUGGACGCACCACAAGGGCUGUCCCAACGUGGAUCCUACCAGCCAGCCGCCAAGAAGAUGCAGUCGAAUACCGAGAAGCUCUUGAAGCGGGAGCUCUGGCACGGGCAGGAGAGAGGAGGGGGUAGCAGCCACCUUCCAGCCCACUCCCGCCAGAUCCGGCCACGCUGCGCGUUCGUACCUUCGGCGCCGUGGAGUGCUGGCGAGAAAACACUCGCCGUACCGCUCGAUGAUUCAGCGUCCAGUGGCAAGGCCAGUACGUACUUCCGGUCGUCGGAGUCCCAGGACAUCGUACUGUUUAUGCCGUACUUGCAUUGGGAGAUCGAGAAGCGCCUCGUCCGAAUGACGAGCGUGAUUCGGAAAACCCGCAAUAUGAAUGAACGGCAAUGCAACUUUGAACGGUUGAACAAGCGAAAAGGAACGUGGGGAAGCGUCAUUGACCAAGCAAAAGCCCUGGCUAGCCGCAUGGACAGCACUGUCUCCGAUGCUGAAGGCUUGCACGAAGACGCCCCUCCGUGGAGGCCCAAGUCGGCGCUGGGGAGCUACCUGUGGCUAGCUGCCAAGCUCUAUUUACUCAUCGAUGAGGCAGCGGACUGGCGGUUGGUCAACGACCAUUUGGGCACCCCGUCGCCACUCCAUCCCAGGCGAACCCUUGAACAAUACUACAACUGGACCUCGGAGGAUACCGCCCAUCGUGACCGGCAGCAAGUUGUUUACCGUGGGACACGAACUCGGAGUGACCCUGAGGCGAUUCCGAGAGUGAUUAUGGUUGAUCAAAUUUGGUUGUGGGUCUUGGACGAAAACACCAUCCUUACCGCCUUUCCCAGGCGCUGGGGCCGUAAUAAGCCAGACCCAUCAGCCAUCCACAGGGCGAUCCGCGACCGGCUCGCGGGCAUGGAGAGCCACCAUAUCACGUCCAUCUACGAUUUAAGCCUCAUCAUCAUUGACGAAUGCUCCAAGGUGUUCUUUGACAGGACCAAACCGGACCUUCGGCCCGAGGUGGUGGAUAUAUUCGGGUCCGCUAUAUCAAAUAUUUCUGAAAAGAAGACAGAGGCGUAUGAGCGCUUUGGCCGCGACGUCAAGAGAAUGAAUAACCAAGAUCCACUGCAAACAGACGAGGAGCUGCUGCGCAAGACCCUCAACAUUAAAUUCGAGUGGUCUGCCUUGAUGGAGGCGCAGAACGUCAUUGACCAGCUCCAAAUCAUGCAAGAGAUCUACUCUCAGCAAAUUACGGUCAUGAUUGACUUUGAAAAGGCUCUACGGGGCCUGUGUUCCGAGUCUCAACUUAAGCCUAGUAGUGCCCUCGAAAGAGCGGCACAGUUGAUAUCAGAUAUGAAGCUACGUCGGGACGAGCUCAUGGACCUGGAGAAGCGGCAGGCAAAUACUAGAACCCAGCUUCGUGAACUGCUCGAUAUGAAACAGCAGCAGGCCGGCAUCAUCGAGGCGAAGGCGGCGAUCCGCAGGGCGGACGAGAGUGUCAUCCAGGGCAGAUCAAUCGUGGUGUUCACUGUUGUGACCAUCUUCUUCCUACCCCUUUCCUUCUUCACCUCAAUUUUCGGCAUGAACUCCAAGGAGCUCGACAGCGGGACGAUGAGGAUGGGCACACAGUUCCUGGUGAUGUUUUUGCUCUCUAGCUUCAUCACUACCUUGUCUCUUAGCCUUGCCUUCAGCCACUCCGCCAGGGCCAUGGUACUCGGCACAUGUCGACAAGUCUUCGGUUACCUCGCGCGCCCUGUCAAGGGGAACAAGUUGGACCGCAGUAACCUUGCCGCCGCCUCGCCGCGUGCGAUUCGGGAUUUCAUGAUUGCAAAGCAGAAGGAAUGGGACUGGGAGACUACUAACCACGGAAACGGCAUUACCAGCGGGGCGCUGCCUCUGCAUCGGAAAGAAAAGGGGGCCGGUCCCAGGGGGCUCAAGCGGCUAUUAUGGAGGCGGGAAUCUGCUUGAGAUUCGCAGGCACAUAAUAUCGAGAUCUCAAGGCCGGCCGGAAUCUCAUUGCAUACACGGUAUACGGAUGAUGUUGUUAUGUACAAGAGCAGGUUUCUUAGGUAAUGUGGAUGUUUAAUACACGAUGAAUUGAUGAGCAGCAUUACGAAGGCAACGCAAGCACGGUGUUGCCUGAGAGUGUGGUAACCCUGAACCAACCGCCUGAGCCCCCCCGCCACCAUCAUUCUCACACCAA